AUUUGGAUUAACUAACUAUCUCAUUGAAGAAAAAAAUAAUUCAAAUUCAAAUAUUUAAAACACAAUUCCGAGAGGAUAUCCUUCACAAUCUGAUUCGCAAUUCAAACUUAUUAGAGCUCAAUUCUCAGUUACAGUGUCUUUUAACAAAUCAUUGUUGGGUUUAGUUGCCGUCACUGUUCACACGCUUCUUCUCCGUUCUUGAUCUGAUUAGGGUUUUGUGCGAUAGUGUUAACGAAUAUGGCGGCGGCGCCGUCGAACUACGAGUACCCGACGCUGAAGCGGUCAGAAAUCAUUCAAAUCCUAGCACAAUUUGGUAUUGCAUCCAUAUCGGAGAAUGACAUCACCAACCCCAAAUCCGUCGUCGUUUUGGAUAUCUAUAGCCGCACACUCAACCACCUUGGUUUUCUCCUCGAGGAAAAUGAAGAACAUCUUGACUUCGAUGUCCUACAGCAUCUUGAUGAUCCCGAUCUUCACCUUGGAUCGGUUCGCGUUUUGAAGCUAUGCAACAAAAUCAAGGAAGUGCUUCACAUUCUCCAAUGUCCCAAGAAAUUUCACUUGGGCGAUCUUGCCACACCCGAGCCUUCUCGGACGGAGUACUUCCUCGGUGCUUUUCUCAAUUUCUUAGUCGACAGGGAUGUAAGAAUGAAUUCGAUAUCAGAAAUUGUAGAGGAAGUCGGCACUUUAGAACAGAAGAUAGUGGAGAUUGAAGAGAAUAACAUUAUGCAGUUGAAUUUGGCGAUUGAUGAAUGCAAGCAAGGACGAGAAAGGGAGAUGCCUUUAGUUGAGGAGGUGGAUAAAAGCGUUAGAGAGUUGCGACAAACUGUUUCAGACAUGAAUAACAAACAGAUGUCCUUAAGGACUAAUUUGAAGAAAUUGAAGGAGAAGAUUGUGGAAAUGGAUGAUAAGAUUUCUGGUGCUCAAUUUAGUUUGGUACAAAGUGUUCAAGAGAAUGCAAAUUUACGUUCGAAAAUUGCUCAAUCACCAGAUAAAGUACAGAGGGCUUUAGAGGAAAAGAAAAUAGCUCGAGAAGAGGCCAGAAAUGCUGAAAGAUUAGCCAUGCACACUUUCCAUGAGAAGAAUACCCUUAUCAAUGUUUUUUCCAAGGUUAACAAGAAAAUGUCGAAGCAUUGCAAGCAGAUUCUGGCUAUAGAAGAACAGGUCAAUUCUGCUAAAUCUGUUGAAAAGAAUCUUAAAGCAUUAAAAGCUAAAUUUGGUGAUGAAGAAGUACUGGAGAAGUCACUGGAGGCCCAAUUGGUUGAAAGGCAAAGCAAAGUUGAGCAUACUGAAGGGUUGAAGAAGGAAUUGGAGAAAAAUUACAAUACCGUGAUGGAGGAAGGAGCUAAAUACCUAAGCAGUAAAAAAUCAGAGGUGGAAUCAAAGAGAUCUGAGAUUGAAACUAGAGAGAAAAAUGUCGAGAAUGUGUUAUCAAAGGUGGAUGCCAUAAACAGUGAAAUUACUUCAGUAAUAGAAUCUGCAGCAGCUAAAGUGGAUGAGUUGGAUAGUUGCAGAAGUGAGGUUGUCGAAGCGUUUCGUAAGUAUUGCGACAAGUUCGCACGUGUGGCUGAAUCUGGGCCAAAUUGGUCCAUUAAAGGAGCUGGAUUUGACAAUUUGGUUUCGAUUUAAUACGGGCUAGAUUUGGCCUACAAAUUUGUAGCACGUUAUCAUCAACACCCUGGUAGAAUCACAGAGCAAUUUAUUUUCCUUAAUUAAGGCAUAGGUGUAAAAGAUAUAUAUAGCUGUUAUGCUUGAUGGAUGUUCAAAUUAUUGUAUAUAUCUACAUUCCAACAUAGACACUACAUGCAAUGCUUUUUAGGUUUGUCUUCCGCACACCAGCUGCAGAUAUCGGGGUGACAUAGGAUUCAGGACUUGCAAUUUUAGCCGAUGAUACACUGAGUUAUUUUCCCUCUUUUAACCUUUGGUUGUAGAAAUGAGUUGUACAUAGACAUGCAUAAUGCAUAUGAUUGAGUUGUUUA